CACGGAUGGCCCAACCCGGAAACGAGAGAAAGGCAUAUGACGGCGGCAAGAUUAUCGAGAUUAAAUGUUGAAGGCGCAUUGGAGUGUGUUCAUCUUUACUGUAGACAUACACGGAGGUUAGCGGAAAACAGGUUCCCAGUUGCAUGUGACGGUCACCUGUUAGCCAGGCCAAGAGGAGUAGCAGCCUGUCCACACCGACACAGCCCAGUCCUAUUCUAUUCAACUACAGGCUCCAGUAUGAGUAGUAAGAAGCUGCUGGUGGAUGUGGACUGUGGGGUGGAUGAUGCUCAGGCUAUCAUGAUGGCACUGGCCACCCCUUAUGUAGAGGUCCUGGGCAUCACCUGUGUCCAUGGCAACACCAAUGUGGAGAAUGUGUGCAAGAACACGCUGCGGGUGCUUCAAGCCUGCAACAGACUGGAGAUCCCAGUAUUCCGUGGUGCUGCCAAGUCUAUCCUGGGGAAUGUGAUCAGUGCGGGACACUUCCAUGGCCAGGACGGGUUGGGGGAUGCUCCAGACCCAAACGCUCCGGGGCUGGACAUGCUGCAGAUGGAAGGAGCGGUAUCUGCACUGAUCCGGAUAGUCAACGAAAACCCUGGAGAGGUAUCUCUGGUGGCCACGGCUCCCCUCACCAACCUAGCUCUGGCUGUAAGAAUGGAGCCAUCCUUCCCCAGCAAACUUAAAGGCCUUUACAUCAUGGGAGGCAACACAGAGUCCAGAGGAAACACCACAGUGUGUGCAGAGUUUAACUUCGCUGCCGACCCGGAAGCAGCUUACAUCGUACUGAAUGACUUCCUGUGUCCUACUUACAUAGCCAGCUGGGAGUUCACCUGCUACAGCAAGCUGCCCUGGUCGUGGUGUGAUGACUGGCUGGCCCAGGAGUCAGAGAAGGCUCGCUUCAUGGCCCAGAUCUUCCGCCACAGUAUGGAGGAGUCGUACAGUGAGCGCUCCCAGGCGGAGAUGAUUGACGGCAUGGGCUUUGUGUCAUGUGACUCCUACGCCAUGGCGGCAGCUAUCGACAACACCUUUGUCACAGAGAGCGACCACAUGGCGGUGAGCGUGGAGCUGACGGGCACACACACGCGUGGCAUGAUGAUCCUGGACACACUGGGCAUGCUGAAGAAGACUCACAAGGCCUUCGUCAUGAAGAAGGUGAACAUGGUGAGGUUUGAGCAGAUGAUGAUGGACGCUCUGAAGUAAUCUCUAGGUCUGCUACAGCUAACCACUAGACUGUAGAAGUAAACUAACCACUACACGUGAGCAGAUGAUGAUGGACGCUCUGAAGUAAUCUCUAGGUCUGCUACAGCUAACCACUAGACUGUAGAAGUAAACUAACCACUACACGUGAGCAGAUGAUGAUGGACGCUCUGAAGUAAUCUCUAGGUCUGCUACAGCUAACCACUAGACUGUAGAAAUAAACUAACCACUACACGUGAGCAGAUGAUGAUGGACGCUCUGAAGUAAUCUCUAGGUCUGCCACAGCUAACCACUAGACUGUAGAAGUAAAAAAACAACUACGGGAACGCUCUAUGGGACCGUAACCAGGGAAAAGUGACAACUCCAACCUCAACCAGUCAGCCCAAGAUCGUGGACGUUAAGGCAGCCCCCAACACCUCUCUGAUUGAGGGGUUGGGUUAGAUGUGGAAGACACAUUUCGGUUAAAUGCAUUCAGUUGUGCAACCCUUUUCCCUUUUACUGUAUUGUCAGCUCACGUUGAUGUUAAGAAUCAUGCCUUGUCAUUUAGAUAAACAUUUUUAAAUAAAUCGAUUGAGUUACAACUCAUACCAGCA